AUGCAGCAAUACGAACUAUAUGAUAUGCCUGCUGACGCCAUUUCGUCGGUGGUAUUUAGCCCUACAAAUCCGGAUCUUUUGCUGGUUUCUUCUUGGGACAAAAGUGUAAGACUAUACGACGUUCAUAAUACUACACCACUCAAAACAAGUUAUACUCAUAAGGCGCCAGCACUGGAUUGCUGUUUCUCAGAUGGAGCUCACGCGUUCAGUGGUGGUUUGGAUAAACGGCUGAAAAUGUUUGAUUUUAAUACUGGGAAUGACACGAUUCUUGGAACUCAUGAUGAAGCUGUUAAAUGUGUAGAAUAUAGCAAGGAAAAUAAUCUGAUAGUAACAGGAUCCUGGGACAAAUCCAUCCGUCUCUGGGACAUUCGUUCAAAAGAUGCCGAUGCCGGGGGAACAUUUACACAGCCGGGCAAAGUUUUCGCAAUCGACGUCAUGAAUCACAAACUGGUUGUCGCGAUGGCGGGACGUCAUGUCUUUAUUUAUGAUGUAAGAAAUAUGAAAGACGCGAUUCAAAAGCGAGAGAGCAGUUUAAAGUAUAUGACGCGGUGUGUGAAGUGCAUGCCGAAUGGAGAAGGUUAUGCGAGUAGUUCUAUAGAAGGACGUGUAUCGGUUGAAUUCUUUGAUCCGUCACCGAAAUCACAGGCUCGUAAAUAUGCGUUCAAGUGUCAUCGAAAGGUUAUUGAUGGUGUGGAUACGGUGUAUCCUGUAAAUGCUUUAGCUUUUCAUCCAACCCACGGUACCUUUGCAUCCGGUGGCGCCGACGGUGUAGUCAACAUCUGGGAUGGAUUCAACAAAAAACGGCUCCGCCAGUACCCAUCAUACCCGUCUAGCGUUGCAAGUCUUAGUUUUAGUUGUGAUGGUCGUAUGCUGGCAGUCGCUAGUAGCUACACGUUCGAAGAGGGCGAGAAAGAUCAUCCGCCGGAUUCUGUGUUCAUACGACCGUUGUCUGAAAAUGAGUGCAAGCCGAAACAAGUUGGAAGUAGUUGA